GAACGCGCAUUCAUGGCCAAAACGAAUUCAGAAUAAAACACCAGAUUGAUUUGAAAAUUUCAACAGAAUUGGUGAUUACUGAGUAGAAGAUAAAAGUAAUUUCGGCGGCGAAGAACUGUUGUAACUUUCAGUUAUAGAUAGGAGAUAUGGAUGCAUCGCAGAAUGCAAUUGGGGGGACCGUGAGUAAUCAAACUAACGAUGCAGCUGCAGUGGCAGCUGAUGAGGCGAAGCAGAACCUAAACCAAGUUAUUAACUCAAUUCAGAAGACUCUUGUUCUGCUCCACCAGCUCUACCUCACUGUCUCUUCAUUUAAUGCUGCUUCGCAGCUGCCUCUCCUUCAACGACUGAAUUCUUUGGUUACGGAGCUUGACAACAUGGCUAAAUUGUCUGAGAAGUGCGAAAUUGAGGUUCCGAUGGAAGUCCUUAAUUUGAUUGAUGAUGGAAAAAAUCCGGAUGAAUUCACGAGGGAUGUUAUAAACAAUUGCAUUGCUAAAAAUCAGGUCACCAAAGGCAAAACUGAUGCUUUCAAGAGUUUACGUAAGCAUCUUUUGGAGGAACUUGAGCAGACAUUUCCCGAUGAAAUUGAAGCAUACAGGGAGAUACGUGCUAGUUCUGCUGCUGAAUCGAAACGACUUCCUCAAUCACAAAAUAUGUUACCAAAUGGAGAUGUGAAAGUUAAAUCCGAGCUUUAAAUGUUAGUUUAUCCAGAUGGGCUGGGGUUUCUUGUCUACUUUUGCUGUGUAAUACUUUUGAGUUGCUUGACUGCAUGGAUAUGUAGAUCUAAUAUGGCAGCAUUUAUUGUUUGAAUUCGAGGAUGUGAGAACUUGUGAUCAGUUGUUUAUAGAUCAAUAAAAAUAUUCUUUUGGAAGGUUAAUAGA